GCGUGGUUGCGCGUCACGCUCGACUGUACGAUUUCACGGCAGUGUCACCGGCUGCGGCCAGCACCUUGUGCGUGUGUGUCCUGCGUACAUCAUUAUAACAGCUAUCAGCAGCCGGGGCGCCUUGCCCUCCCGCCAUCGCGGUAAAGUUACCUGUUCGUGACCACCAUCUACAGAUCCCAACCGUUUAAAAUGCAGAUAAAGGAAGAUAUAAAUCCGGUUCUUCUCUACCUUUUACGUUUCCUGAUGUGGCUGUACGACGUCAUCAGCUUCGUGCCGUGGUUCUUGCUCUCUGGUGCUAGACAGCGGCAGAUACGUGCAAACCGCGUGAAGGCCAGGCCCAUCAAUGACACUCCCGGUAGUCCUUUCCGGUCGGUGGACAGCUUCCAUAGUCUAGCAUCCUCCUUGUAUCCGGGCUGUGAUACUCUUGAGAAAGUUUUCAAGCAUGCUGCUGACGUUUUCCAGAACAAGAGCUGCCUUGGAACCAGAGAGGUACUGAGUGAAGAGGAUGAGGUCCAGCCUAAUGGAAAGGUCUUUAAAAAGGUGAUCUUAGGAAAAUACAACUGGACGACCUACGAGGAGGUGUACUUGCUAGCGUCUCAGUUUGGAAACGGACUUGCUGCGCUCGGGCAGAAACCCAAAGCGAACAUUGCGAUUUUCUGUGAGACCCGAGCAGAGUGGAUGAUGGCCGCGCAGGCCUGCUUCAUGCACAACUUCCCACUUGUCACUCUGUAUUCAACACUAGGAGGACCUGCCAUCGUCCAUGGACUUGUAGAAACAGAGGUUACUCACAUAAUUACCAGUAAGGAGCUCCUCAACACCAAGCUGAAGGGCAUUCUUCCUCAAGUCCCUCUUCUAAGACACAUAAUCCUUGUGGACGGCACCAGCACGCAGCCUGCAGAUCUAACAAAAAAUAUUACUUUGAACAGCAUGGCUACCGUGCAGGCACUGGGAGCAAAGCAAUCAAAGCAGCGGCAGUCCUCCCCGCUACCGAACGACAUUGCCGUCAUCAUGUACACGAGUGGCUCCACCGGCAUUCCCAAAGGAGUGAUGAUCUCCCACAGUAACCUAAUAGCUGGCAUUACAGGCAUGGCUCAGAGGAUCAACAAUCUGGGGGAAACCGAUACAUACAUUGGAUAUUUGCCCUUGGCCCAUGUGCUGGAGCUGAGUGCAGAGCUUGUCUGCCUUUCGCGUGGUUGUCGUGUUGGGUACUCAUCACCACAAACUCUCUCAGAUCAGUCAACAAAAAUCAAGAGGGGCAGCAAGGGUGAUGCAUCAGAACUUCGGCCGACCCUCAUGGCAGCUGUCCCUGAAAUCAUGGACCGAAUAUACAAGAACGUCAUGAGCAAAGUGGCUGCUAUGAGUCCGGUACAGAAAGGUCUCUUCUCUUUGGCUUACAACUACAAGAUGAAGCAGAUUUCCAAGGGCUACAGCACUCCGCUGUGUGAUAGGAUUGUGUUUCGGAAGGUGAGGAGGUUACUAGGGGGGAAGGUGCGAGUUUUGCUGUCUGGCGGAGCGCCGCUUUCUGCUGCCACCCAGCGCUUCAUGAACAUUUGCUUCUGCUGUCCAGUGGGCCAGGGCUAUGGUCUGACAGAGACCUGCGGAGCCGGUACCAUUGCAGAAAUGUGGGACUACAGUACAGGCAGAGUCGGAGCCCCACUGGUCUGUUGUGAAAUAAGACUCAAGAACUGGGAAGAAGGUGGCUAUUUUAACACUGAUCAACCAUGUCCACGCGGAGAGAUUCUGAUCGGCGGCUCUAAUGUCACGCUGGGAUACUACAAAAAUGAGGAGAAGUCCAAAGAAGAGUUUUUCGUUGACCAAAAUGGACAAAGAUGGUUCUGCACUGGAGACAUUGGGGAGUUUCAUGAAGAUGGCUGUCUGAAAAUCAUUGAUCGGAAGAAAGACUUGGUGAAGCUUCAGGCUGGAGAAUAUGUCUCUCUUGGCAAAGUGGAGGCUGCCCUGAAGAACCUUCCUGUCGUGGACAACAUAUGUGCAUAUGCAAACAGCGACCAGUCCUAUGUGAUCGGAUUUGUGGUGCCGAACCAAAAGGAAUUGUUGAGCCUGGCAGGGAAGAUAGGAGUGCAAGGAAGCUUUGAGUCGCUCUGUAACAACCCUGCCAUGGAGAAGGAAGUGCUAAAGGCUCUGAAAGAGUCUCCUGCUGCAGCUACCCUUGAAAAGUUUGAAGUUCCAGCAAAGAUCCGUCUAGUAGCAGAACCCUGGACUCCAGAGACAGGACUGGUGACUGAUGCCUUUAAGCUGAAACGCAAAGAACUCAAAAGCCAUUACCAAGAUGAUAUAGAGAGGAUGUACGGAGGGAAAUGAGAUCUACACGCCCUCCCGAUGCAUCUUGGAUUUUGCAGUUGGAAUGAUUAGUAACUUAUUCUCUUUGCAGGCUUCUCUUGCAGCUGUGGGGUCCAGUAGCCUUUGAAACAUUCAAACAGCCCACUGGACCUGAGAUUGAAAACUUGAAAUUCCCAGAAUUAUUAUACCCAAACCCCAUAAGGGGGAAAAAAAACUGUCUAGUGAAAUGUAGGAUACACCAUUGUUCUUCAUCGUUGUUGUUGACUUUCAGUAUAAAGGUUUUUUAUUCUCUGUA